CCUCUCUCUCCCUCUCUCUCCUCCCUCCACCUCUGUGCUGGUGAUGCUUGUGUCUCUCUUCUCUCCAUCCGGUUUGUCCUCACCUCUCCUGGACGCGCUCCUCUCACACUGCCAGCGGAUGACACUAGAGGAGGAGGAGGAGAAGGAGGAGAUGAGGAGAAGCGGCUGUCUCCACUCUUCCGGCUUAACAUCACUUUAAAAAAAAAAAAAAAAAUUUAAAAAAAGAAGAAGAGAGGAAAAGCAGAACAGAGAAACAACCAAAAGGAUAUACAUACCAAUGUAAAAGAUACCCUACUCUUCUCCAUUCCCCUUCUCAAGGAGGGCAUUUUUCUUCCCUUUCCCCCCCUUUCCUUUUCUACCCAAAUUUUUACCUCUGAGAUCCCGGUUUUGUCAAUUAGAGCCUCUGAACUUCUCUGGGAUUUCAGGUGAGGCACGCGUGUGUGGUGUGUGGUGCGCCUUCAUAUUUUUGAUUGCCUAUCAUGGCUCACGCGGCCUCUCAAUUGAAGAAGAAUCGGGGGGAAGUGGAUGUGAAUGCAUUAGAGGACGAGAAGGAGAAGCGGAAGAAGAUCAGGAGAGCAGCGUCCCGGGAACAAAAGAGAAAGUCUGACAGCAAUGCAAGUUACCUACGAGCUGCCCGGGCAGGGAACCUUGAAAAGGUCCUUGACUACCUCAAGACAGGUGUUGAGAUUAACAUUUGCAAUCAGAAUGGUUUGAACGCUCUUCAUCUAGCCUCCAAAGAGGGGCAUGUUGAGGUAGUCGCUGAGCUGCUGAAGCUGGAAGCUGCUGUGGAUGCGGCCACGAAGAAAGGAAACACUGCUCUGCACAUAGCUUCGCUUGCCGGACAAACGGAAGUCGUCAAAGAGCUGGUCACAAAUGGAGCCAAUGUCAACUCACAAUCUCAGAAUGGCUUCACUCCCCUGUACAUGGCCGCCCAGGAGAAUCACCUGGAGGUGGUUCGCUUCCUUCUGGAGAACAGCGCCAGCCAGAGUAUGGCCACUGAGGACGGCUUUACUCCUCUGGCGGUGGCCCUCCAGCAGGGCCAUGACCAGGUGGUCUCCCUGCUGCUGGAGAACGAUACAAAGGGCAAGGUACGACUCCCUGCCCUGCACAUCGCUGCCCGCAAGGAUGACACCAAGGCCGCGGCCCUGCUCCUGCAGAACGACCACAACGCAGACGUCGAGUCCAAGAGUGGUUUCACCCCCCUCCACAUCGCGGCUCACUACGGCAACAUUAAUGUGGCCACGCUCCUGCUGAACAGAGGAGCUGCUGUAGACUUCAUGGCUCGGAAUGACAUCAUACCGCUUCAUGUGGCUUCAAAAAGAGGCAACAGCAACAUGCUCAAGUUGUUGCUGGACAGAGGGUCCAAAAUUGAUGCAAAGACCAAGGACGGUCUGACACCUCUUCACUGUGGGGCGAGGAGCGGGCACGAGCAGAUUGUAGAAAUCCUGCUGGACCGAGGAGCGCCUUUCCUGUCCAAGACCAAGAACGGGUUGUCCCCGCUCCACAUGGCCACUCAGGGGGACCACCUGAACUGUGUGCAGCUCCUGCUCCAGCACGACGUGCCGGUGGACGACGUCACCAACGACUACCUGACGGCGCUGCAUGUUGCUGCCCACUGUGGUCACUACAAGGUGGCCAAGCUCAUCGUGGACAAGAAGGCCAACCCCAACGCCAAAGCUCUGAAUGGCUUCACUCCGCUUCACAUUGCCUGCAAGAAGAACAGAGUCAAAGUCAUGGAGCUGUUGCUAAAACACGGGGCGUCUAUCCAGGCUGUCACUGAGUCUGGCCUGACGCCCAUCCAUGUGGCAGCCUUUAUGGGCCAUGAGAACAUUGUCCACGCACUGACGAACCACGGAGCCUCCCCCAACACCACCAACGUACGAGGAGAGACAUCUCUCCACAUGGCAGCGCGGGCGGGUCAGGCAGACGUAGUCCGAUACCUGCUGAAGAACGGAGCCAAGGUUGAGACCAAGUCCAAGGAUGACCAGACAGCGUUGCACAUCUCCAGUCGGCUGGGGAAGGUCGACAUCGUCCAGCAGCUGCUGCAGUGCGGCGCCUCGGCCAACGCUGCCACCACCUCAGGCUACACCCCCCUUCACCUGGCCGCCCGCGAAGGACACCAAGAUGUUGCUGCCAUGCUGCUGGAGCAUGGAGCCAUGCUCUGCUCCUCAACUAAGAAAGGGUUCAGUCCGCUGCAUGUGGCAGCAAAGUACGGCAAGAUGGAGGUGGCCAGUCUCCUCCUGCAGAAGAGAGCUGCUCCUGAUGCUGCUGGAAAGAGUGGGCUAACUCCUCUGCAUGUAGCCGCUCACUACGAUAAUCAGAGAGUGGCUCUGCUCCUGCUGGAUCAGGGAGCUUCCCCACACGCUGCCGCCAAGAAUGGCUACACGCCGCUCCAUAUUGCUGCCAAAAAGAACCAAAUGGACAUUGGGACCACACUGCUGGAGUAUGGCGCGGACACCAACGCAGUGACGCGGCAGGGCAUAAGCCCGAUCCACCUGGCAGCGCAGGAGGGCAGCGUGGACCUGGUGUCCCUGCUGCUGACCAAGAACGCCAACGUCAACACGUGCAAUAAGAGCGGACUUACACCACUCCACUUAGCAGCUCAGGAGGACAAGGUCAAUGUUGCAGAAGUCCUUCUCAACCACGGUGCUGAUGUCAACCCACAAACAAAGAUGGGUUACACACCGCUGCACGUGGCCUGUCACUAUGGCAACGCAAAGAUGGCAAACAUCCUGCUGCAGAACCAUGCCAGAGUGAAUGGCAAAACAAAGAACGGGUACACUCCUCUACACCAAGCGGCUCAGCAGGGCCACACCCACAUCAUCAACCUGCUGCUUCAGCACGGGGCCUCUGCCAACGAGCUCACUCUGAAUGGGAACGCUGCCCUGUCCAUCGCCCGCCGUCUCGGAUACAUCUCUGUGGUCGACACUCUGAGGCCUGUGACGGACGAAAACCUGACCACCAUGAGUGCUUCAGAAAAACACAAAAUCAACGUCCCAGAGACCAUGAAUGAGUUCCUCGACAUGUCUGACGAUGAAGGUGAGGAUGCGAUGACCGGGGACACGGACAAAUACCUGCGGCCUCAGGACCUCAAAGAGCUGGGGGACGACUCCCUGCCUCAGGAGGGCUACAUGGGUUUCAGCAUAGGAGCCCGCUCAGCCAGCCCUAGACUCAGUUCGGAUAGGUCCAACACACUCAACCGGAGCUCCUUCGCUCGGGACAGUAUGAUGAUUGAAGAGAUUCUGGCGCCCACUAAAGACACGCUUCAAAGUGUCUGUAAUGACAUUUCCUAUUUGGUUGACCCACUCAAUAAGCACCUGGCUGUGACCAGAGACUACAGCACUGAGUGUAUGCGGCGCUACAGCUGGACCCCGGACACCGUGGACCACAGCCACAACACUGUGUCCAGCCCCAUUCACUCUGGCCUCUCCUCCCCGCUCCCUCAGUAUGACUCCAGGUUCUUGGUCAGCUUCAUGGUGGAUGCGCGCGGUGGUUCCAUGAGAGGCAGCCGCCACAAUGGCAUGCGCAUCAUCAUCCCUCCCAGGAAGUGCACGGCACCCACGCGCAUCACCUGCCGCCUGGCCAAGAGGCACAAGCUGGCCUACCCCCCGCCCAUGGUGGAGGGAGAGGGGCUGGUCAGCCGGCUGGUGGAGGUCGGACCAGCUGGGGCUCAGUUCCUGGGACCUGUGAUCGUAGAGAUCCCCCAUUUUGGGUCCAUGCGGGGGAAAGAGAGGGAGCUGAUUGUGCUGAGGAGCGAGAACGGUGACACGUGGAAGGAGCACCAGUCUGACGCCAGACCAGAAGACCUCUUUGAGCUGCUUUCUGGAAUGGAUGAAGAGCUGGACAGUCCCAUUGAGUUGGAGAAGAAGCGAAUCUGCCGCAUCGUCACUAGCGAUUUCCCUCAGUAUUUUGCUGUGGUGUCGCGGAUCAAGCAGGAGUCUAACCACAUGGGUCCGGAUGGAGGCAUGCUGUCCAGCAGCACCGUGCCCAUGGUGCAGGCCUCGUUCCCUCAAGGAGCGCUCACCAAGAAGAUCCGCGUCGGCCUGCAGGCCCAGCCUGUGCCAGAUGACAUGGCGAGGGCGAUCCUCGGAAACAGAGCCACGUUCAGCCCCAUCGUCACCGUGGAGCCCAGGAGGAGAAAGUUCCACAAGCCGAUCACCAUGACGAUCCCUGUCCCGCCUAGAUCGGCAGAAGGCCAUCCCAGCGGUCACCGAGGCGACACUGCACCCUGCCUGCGUCUGCUCUGCAGCAUCACAGGAGGGACGUCCCCCGCCCAGUGGGAGGACAUCACAGGGACCACACCGCUGUCCUUUGUCACCGAUUGCGUCUCCUUCACCACAAAUGUUUCGGCCAGGUUCUGGCUCGCAGACUGUCACCAGAUUCCUGAGACGGUGGGUCUAGCGUCUCAGUUAUACCGGGAGCUGAUCUGCGUGCCGUACCUGGCCAAGUUUGUGGUCUUCGCCAAGAUGAACGACGCAAUCGAGGCUCGUCUACGCUGCUUCUGCAUGACAGACGACAAGGUGGACAAGACCCUCGAGCAGCAGGAGAACUUUGAGGAGGUGGCCCGGAGCAAAGAUAUCGAGGUUCUCGAGGGCAAGCCUAUCCACGUGGAUUGUUAUGGCAACCUGUCCCCUCUCACCAAAAGUGGGCAACAGCUUGUCUUCAACUUUUACUCCUUCAAGGAAAACAGACUUCCUUUCAACGUGAAGAUCAGAGAUAUGGGACAGGAGCCGUGUGGCCGCCUCUCCUUCCUGAAGGAGCCAAAAUCCAUUAAAGGCCUUCCACAGACUGCCAUAUGCAAUUUGAAUAUCACACUGCCAACCCACAAGAAGGAUUUGGAGUCUGAUCCUGAUGAUGAGACUGAAAAGCCAGAACGACGUCAUACCUUUGCCUCCUUAGCUUUGCGUAAGCGCUACAGCUAUUUGACCGACCCAGCAGCGAAAACAACUGAUCGGAGCUCGCCGAGAACACAGCCUUCUAGCUACCCUCACAAACCUGUCUUUUCAACGAGAUCUUAUCAGGCGUGGUCGCCUGUUCCUGUCGCCGUCGCUGGCCAAGCCAAGUCUGGGUUUGGCUCCAUCUCCAGUUCGUCAUCCAACACGCCCUCUGCCUCUCCAUUAAAGUCUGUCUGGUCCAUCAACUCUGCCUCCCCCAUCAAGACCAACAUCCCCGGAUCACCUGCCUCUUCUAUAAAGUCAGUUAGUGACAUGGCCUCUCCCAUCAGAUCUUACAGAACUAUCUCCUCGCCUAUAAAAACGGUAGUCCAGCAAGCCCAGUACCCAGUCCAGGUCUGCCCCAGUCCCCUGGCCUCACCAGGCAGAAGUACCCCAGAUUCUACGUCAAUGAAAGGACUGGCAGCAUUGUCUGCUAGGACCUCCCCUAUAACUGUCUCUGCAGGAGGAAGCCCUCUUCUUGAGAGAGCAUCGAUAAGCUUGACUCCACCAACCUCUCCCAAAUCAUCUCUGAGUAUGUUCAGUUCACCCCUGCCUUACAAGACCAUUAUGGGUGGCUCAAGUUGCGCUGCAUCUUCCUCCUCACCCAUAAAAACAGUCCCUGGUCUUUCCUCUGUACGUUCCUUUGCCUCAGACGUCACUGGUCCUGUACGUUCCUUUGCCUCAGACGUCACUGGUCCUGCAAGAAACCUUUUCUCAUCUCUUACGUCUCCACUUAAAUCCAACACCCCUCCAAGUGCUGCAGCUCUUAUUAAUGGAACUGUGUCGCCUACACAGUACCGCUCUUCAUCCCCAACAUCUCUUCUCGCAAACAGUCUUCAAGAGAGAAUACAAGCCACCACCAAUGCCGCAACGACAAGCGUCAAUGCAGCCUUUGAGGAGGUUGAAAAAACAUUUAAUUCUUGUUCUGCAGGCUAUGGCACUCUAAAGUCUUUGUCCUCUUCUCCAUCAUCCUCAUAUCAGUCAAUUAGAUCAUCAGCUUCUAAUUCACUCUACGCCUCUUUAAGAUCCCCUCCUAACGCCACCACUGCUGUAACAUCUAGUACAAUGACUGUUCCAGUGUACUCAGUUAUUAACGUGCUGCCAGAGCCUCAGUUCAAAAAGUUACCUGAGGUGUCCAAGUCAGCUGCUGCCCUUAUGUCUCCUCGAAAGACAGUCCCAGUUGAGGUGAAUGCUCACAUGCAGUCUUCCUUUGCCAGAACUCUUUCCCCAAUAAAAACCCCUCAUUUUCCUCCUGGUCUGAAAUCAAACACUACACCACCACUAUCAUCCAGUCAAGAGAUUCUGAAGGAUGUAGCCGAAAUGAAAGAGGACUUGAUACGAAUGUCAGCCAUUUUGCAGACAGACCCAAAUUCCACAGCCAAUAAAGGAUUUCAGUCUGAUUCUGCCAAAGAGGCUAAGAUAGAAGAUGACGAGCCAUAUAGAAUUGUGGAGAAAGUAAAGCAAGAUUUGGUCAAAGUGAGCCAAAUCCUUACUAAAGAUGCUGUGAAAGAUGGUAGGGUUACCCAUGCGAGGGGUUCUUUGGACGACAUACACUUCUCAAAAGUACAAGUUGAACAGCCUCCAAGCAACUGGAGCUAUCCGCCAAGAUAUGAGACUGUGGUUCCUCAAGCAACAUCAAAAACAAUACCAGAUAGAGAUUUCAAUCUUUCCAAAGUAGUUGACUACCUGACCAAUGAUGUUGGGAGCAGCUCUUUCUCCAAAAUGCAUGACACAAAGCAUAAAGCAGAUGAGGGCAAGAGAGAAGGAGAGGGCAAGGAGAAGCAGAAACGUGUCUUAAAACCCACCAUAGCAGUUCAGGAGCAUAAGCUCAAAAUGCCUCCAACAAACAUGCGCUCUUCCCUUUCAGACAAAGAGUUCAGUAAAGUAGCAGAUGUGCUCUUUGGAGCAGACACUGUGCUAGACUCACCUGAUGAUAUCUCACAUGAGCAAGAUAAAAGCCCCCUCUCAGACAGUGGCUUUGAGACCCGCAGUGAAAGGACACCCUCUACUCCUCAAAGUGCUGAGGGAAUGGGUCCCAAGGCCCUUUUUCAGGAUAUCCCAGUUCCCCCAGUAAUCACUGAGACUAGGACUGAGGUUGUACAUGUCAUCAGGAGCUAUGAGCCCCCAGAGGAUAACAAACAACCUGCAAUGGAGGAUGCUCAUCCUGUCAAAUAUAUUGAUUCAGACUUUAAAGGGCAUCUAGCUACAUCAAGUCCAGAUCAGAAUAAAUGCUAUUCAAUAAAAGUCAGCCCUGAUGAAGAUCCAAUGGGAAAAGGGAUGAGGGUAAAGGAGGAGACUCACAUCACUACAACUACCAGGAUGGUGUACCACAAACCACCUGGCAAAGAAGCAGCAUCGGAGCGCUGUGAGGAAACAAUGUCUGUGCAUGACAUAAUGAAGGCUUUUCAGUCAGGCAAAGACCCUUCCAGAGAGCUGGCUGGACUUUUUGAACACAAGUCUGGCAACGAGGAAACAUCUCAAAGAGUCCUCGAGGACAUCUCCAAACCUAAAGUUGAAAGAAUAAUUGAGGUACACAUUGAAAAAGGCAAUAAAACAGAACCAACUGAGGUCAUCAUCAGGGAGACAAAAAACCAUGCAGAGAAGGAAAUGUAUUACUACCCAGGGAAUAGACAGGAAGAGGAUGAGCCUGAGGAAUCACUUCCAGUGUACCUUGACUCCCCCAGAGUAAACACACCCAUUCCACAAGAGGAAGACAGUCGCCCUAGUUCAGCCCAACUCAUGGCAGAUGACUCUUAUAAAACACUUAAGCUACUUAGCCAGCAAUCUGUCGAGUACAAUGAUGAUGAAUCAUCAGAGCUUAGGGGAGAAUCGUAUAAUUUUGCUGAAAAAAUGCUUCUCUCUGAGAAAUUUGACCAGUCUCAUUCUGACACAGAGGAAUAUCUGAGAGAUAGGUCUCGCUUCCACUCACCAGACAGAAGCAGUAGCAGUGAGGGUAUAUCAGGUGGGCCGAGGACAGAGUAUGUCUUUAGGUCGUCGAGAAAUGUGUAUGACAAAUCUGGAAGAAUGGCAAAUGUUGAUGAUAACUUUGACAAACUAACACUUUUGCAGUAUUCGUCUGAGCCUGGUAGCCCAAAGCAAUCAGUUUGGAUGCGUGUGUCUGAUGACACACAGAGUAAGGAUAGAGAACAGCUUAUCUACGAGGACAGAGUGGACAGGACUGUAAAGGAGGCAGAGGAAAAACUCAGUGAGGUAUCUCAAUUCUUUCGAGAUAAAACAGAACAGUUAAACGAUGAGCUCUCGUCUCCAGAGAAGAAGUCUCGAAGACCUGACUUCAGGGAAUCACGAUCGGGCCCAAGUUCUACACACAGCAGUCCAGAGAGGUCAGCUUAUAGAAGUGGGGCUAGUGGGGAAGAGUGGAGCAGAGAAAGGCUUAGAGACAGAUUCAGCUCCAGUGAUAGAAAAUGUGCAAGCUUACCUAGUAGUCCAGAGAGGAGAGUAUUGAUACACUACAGUGAUUCAGACGCUAGAAAACAAGGAGAUGGUACAUCACAGGGAAGCACAGGAGAAAGCCCUAAACCUUUUCAAAUGUCUUCCUCCAAAGUAAGUGCAGUGAGGCUGAAGUUUGAGCAAGAGGCUCAAAGGCAAGAUAGGAGUUCUCAGGGUGGCCAAGAUUCAAAUCCCCCUAUUAGGAAACUUCAGGAAAGUAAGCUACCAGUGUAUCAGGUGUUUGCAGGACCAAGCAUUCCAAAAACGCCAGACAGUCCGGGAAACCAGAGAAGAUGUGUAGAUAGUGAAUCAAAUAAGUUCUCCCCCAAGCAUGAGACCAGUGGAAAAGACCAGGAAGAUAAAAAGUUAUUCAAAACAUGGGAGAACCAAGACUAUGGAAAGUAUAAACCCCAAUCUCCCAAAGUAUCUCAUUCUUUAAUCCAUGAUUCUAUGAAAGAUGGCAAUAAUAGUGAUUCCCAAAUGCAAGAAACCACUAAGAAAAUAAUAUACACGGAAUUCGUUGUCCAUGAAAGUCCAAAUAGCAACGAUGGUCUAAAAAAAAACUCGGAUUCGCAAAUUCCUUUAAGAAAGCCUUGUAAUUUCUCGGAAAUUCAAAAAUCCACCACAUUAAAAUUAGAUGCCACUGUUGAACAACAGGAAAGGGCAGGGUCUCACAUACCUACUUUAGCUAGAAGUCGAUUACACAGUAGCUCUGACUCCAACAAGUCUACUCGUGGAUCAUCACUCGGAAAAUCAACAGACUCAUCAGACGGUAGCCUAUCAAAUGUAGUGUGUAACGGUGUUGAUGGUGACCAAGCAGAUUUUUUGGGUGAAAUAACUCCUGUAGUUGUCACAGAGGGUUUCAAAGAUAUUAAACCCCUUCCUGUGUAUGUUAGUAUCCAAGUAGGAAAGCAGUAUGAGAAAGAAACAGCCUCGGGGCAGCUGGGAACAUACAAACAGAUAGUAAGCCAUGAGAGUAGGACAGUGCAGGAGACUAGAGGUGCAUUUUACACUGUCAAGCAGCCGUCUCCAUUUCCCCAAGGAAGUCCAGAAGAUGACACUCUAGUGACUUUCAUGGACAGCUCUGGGAAAAGUCUUGUUACCCCUGAGACACCAAGCUCAGAGGAGGUGAGUCUGGUCUCAAAAACACCAGAGUCUGUGAUAGGCUUCAUGCCUGGCUUGCCAAGCCCUAUCCCUGAGGAAUCUGAGGAAGAAGACGGGAAGACCUUCAUCUACAAGGGGCCAUCAAAGGAAAAAUCCAAGCAUGCUUUCCCAGAGAAUCACAGUAGAAAACAGGAUGCAGAGAGACAGAAGUUAAAGGAGAAAAGAGUGGCUUAUAUUGAGUUUCCACCUCCUCCUCCUUUAGAGGCAGAGCAGUCCGACCCUGAGAAAAGGGGGUCUUGUGCUUCUUCUGAGGCAGAGACAGAGAUGAUUGAGGUUAACCUCCAAGAGGAGCAUGAUAGGCACCUCUUAGCGGAGCCGAUCAUCAGGGUCCAGCCUCCGUCCCCUGUUCCUCCUGGAGCUGAUAACAGCGACUCCAGUGAUGAUGAGUCCGUCUUCCAUCCCAUCCCUAUAAAAAAGUACACCUUCAAAAUGAAAGAGGAGGGAGAUAAACACCAGAUAUCAAACGAAUCUGAGAAUAAUGGCAAUGAUAAUGAGUCUGGGAUCAAUGGUGUUGUAAAGCAGGAGGAUGUUGACUUUGAACAAAAUGGCAAUGACCAGUCGAUUACUGACUGCUCCAUAGCAACCACUGCUGAGUUUUCACAUGACACAGAUGCGACUGAAAUAGACUCUUUAGAUGGGUAUGACCUUCAGGAUGAGGAUGACGGCCUGAGUGAGGACCCUCAAUCAUGUAGUAUGUCCUUUGAUGGAAAAACAACCGACCGCUCAUUUAAUCAGUCAAAGCUUGAAGUGAUAGAGGAAGAGAAAUGUGAAGAAGGGGGGGAGAAUGGGAAGACUAAAACCAACACAUCGUCAGCCAGUGGAGAUGAAAAAGAUUAUACCCUCGAAGGAAGACAUCCAGAAAGGCAGAGCUUUGCAGAUGAAUACUUUGGCUACCAACUUGAAGAGGAGCUAAAUUCUACCUUUAAAACUGUUACCACCAAAGGCCUGGACUUUGACCCCUGGUCUACCAAAGGGGGUGAUAAUGAUGGAGUUUUUGAGUCCAAAACAAAAGACGACGAUACAAAGCCCUUUGGUUUAUCGGUGGAGGACAAAUCACAAGCUACAACACCUGACACAACCCCCGCUCGAACGCCGACUGACGAGAGCACACCGACUAGUGAGCCUAACCCCUUCCCGUUCCACGAAGGGAAGAUGUUUGAGAUGACGCGCAGUGGUGCUAUUGACAUGAGCAAGCGGGACUUUGUUGAAGAGAGGCUUCAGUUUUUCCAGAUUGGUGAGCAUUCCUCUGACCCUAAAACAGGGGAAAAGGGGAAAGGGGGCAAGAUCCUGGGGGUAAUUUCCUCUCAGUCAGGGGAGAGGGCCACUGUAGAUGGCAUGGUGAAGGUUAUAGAUACUACCACAGACAGCAGCACAACACCAACAACACCAGCAGCAACAACAGCGAAAUGCAGCACUGCACAGCCUGGCAGUGACCCUGGCUAUACCGGUACUGACGCCCCCACCUGUGAAGCCAUAGCUGAGACCGCCUCCUCAUGCACAAUCACAGCCUCUAAGGUUGAUCCCAGAUUACGCACUCCUAUUAAGAUGGGCAUAGCUGCUUCUAUAACUGUGAAAAAGGACUCGGGGGAUCUCACCGAUUGUAAAGCUGAUAUCUCAGAGGGUCAGAUUGUGCCAGAAUACAUCAAUAUAGAGGGUCAGAGUACAGAGAGCCAGACUAGCAGACAGACAGAGUCCAAGUUAGAGAGUAGAGACUACCCUACUGAAAACUGCAACAACAACAAUAACCUUGAGUCCUCCAGUGUUCAGGCCAACUACAUUCAGUGUGGUAGUGUGGUGUUUAACUUGCAGUCCUCUUCUGAGCCCACUCUUCAAAAAGCUAGUAGGAUAGAAACACUCUUCUGUAGGGAAUUAGAAGUGGAGGUACACAACAGCAGUCAAGUGCAGGAGCAGACAAGUGAAGCUGUUAAAGAAAGUGAAGUAAGGCAGCCCAAGUCGAGGCUUCCAGUUAAAGCAUCAGGGUGGUCAUUUCACACGCAGGGAACAGCCAUAGGCAAACAGAAGCCCAAACAAGUUUUGACGGUUGAGGUCAGGAAAAGAGGAGAGCCAGCCAUAGCCAAAGUAGAACCAAGGUCUAGAAUACCAAUCAAGGAUGUUAAAAAGACCAGCCCUGCUGCCACAGCUAGCUCUCUUGCUUCUGUUCGGGUUACCUCACGUCCAACUAGGGCGUUGGACACAGGGAGAGCAGCCAUACAGUUGCCCUCAAGGUUACCACUGAAGGACAGGCACCAGGUCAGCAAUGUCACAGUUGAGGGAGCAUGUAGACAGGCGAGGCAGGAGAAUCCUAGUGAGGUUUGUAAGCGCACAAUCGAAUACUUUAAAGGCAUUAGCGGGGAGACGCAAAAGUUGGUGGACCGCUUGUCAGACGAGGAGAAAAAGACGCAGACAGAGCAGUCGGAGGAAGACAGCACCUCCCGGAGCACCUCUCUGUCGGACGCCUCCCAGCCUUCCCAGCCCUCCCGCUCAUCCAGGUCUGGUAGAGGUUCGAGGGCUGAGGCCGGGGCCGCGUCCGUAAGGGCAAAGGUGGCGACGACGGACAGGGCCUCCGGCAGUGAGAGGAGCAGGAGGAGUAGGCGGACUGGUGGGAAGGAGGGCAGUCAGGGACUCACAGGGUCUCGAACGCCUCCCAUCGCGGAGAUCAAGCCUAGUCCCCAGAGUCCUUGUGAGCGAACAGACCUGCGCAUGGCUAUCGUUGCAGAUCACCUGGGACUCAGUUGGACGGAGCUGGCUCGGGAGAUGAACUUCACAGUGGAUGAGAUCAACCACAUCAGACUAGAGAACCCCAACUCUCUGACAGCACAGAGCUUCAUGCUUCUUAAAAAAUGGGUCAGUCGGGAAGGAAAAAAUGCCACAACGGAUGCCUUAUCUUCAGUGCUGACCAAAGUCAAUCGGAUGGAUAUUGUGACUUUACUGGAGGGCCCAAUAUUUGACUAUGGUAACAUUUCAGGCACGAGAUGUUUUGCCGAUGAUAACGCUGUUUUCCGGGAUCAGGCUGAUGAUUUUCAGAGCAUUCUAGCGGAGCUGCAGUCCCCCGCCGCACUGCACUCCAACCCCAACUUCCUGGAGCCCGAACUCCCCGUCACCCCCAACCCUGCCCUUGCCCACCACCAGCAACACCAUUACCCAGACCCAGACACCCCUUUGCUGGCCGACUCCCAGCCUCAGCCCCUGCCCUGGAGCCCGGGGAUAGAGAAAGGCGGAGAGCUAGAAAGCCCCCCUAGGAGCCCCCCCAGACCCUGUGAGCUCGCCUUAUCCGUCCCAGUCUUUGUCCUCCCUGAUCCUAUCCCUCCCAAGUUCAGAAAGCCCCACAUCGCCCUGAACGACCAGCUGCUUCUGAGCGAGGAGGAGGACAGGUCUUGUCAUGAAAUGGAGCUGAUCCACAGGCCCAAGUCACAAUCCCUCCCUGCGAUGUGUGAGUUAGACGUUGACAUGGCCUACUCCACAUCUUCCCCUUCAUUCUCAUCAGUAUCAUCAAUUACACCUUUAUCGCCCGACAGAGCACAAAUUGGAGACGGAGGAGUGCAGAUGGGUUCCCCCAAUUGGGACCAGGAGGAUAUAUGUUUGAAAGGAGGUGAAAAGGAAGUGAUAGAGGAAAUAGAGAAGGUUGUGGCAGCGUUAGUGGAUGGAAAUGGAUUUGUGGAAAAGUGGGUAGAGCAGGACUUGAUUAAAAACGUGGAAAGAAAAUGUGAGAUGAUAACAAAAGAUAGGUGCGAGCUGGAAGAGGAGAAUAUCAUCUUGGCAGAAGAGAAGGAUAUGAUAAAUGAUGGGGAUAACGGGACAGCCUGUGAGGUGGAAGAGGUGAGAGAUGUGCAGAAUCUGUCAGAAGAGCAGCAUAAUGUGAUAGAAAUUGGGCAUGAAGUGGAAAAAGGUUCUACCUCGGAGGCAGAGGCUGUCAAAGAGGGUAUUGAUGAAAUAGCUGAGGUACAAAAAUGUGAAAGGGGCAGUCAGGAAAGGGUCUACCACGAUGACAGAGUGGAUGAUGGACAACUGAGGUUUAAAGAGGACCAAGGGGGUCAGUCUGUAGCUCUCCUCUCCCCUCAAGCCUGGGUUGAGGCACUCGGGGAACGUCAGCCCAGUGAGUCUGAAUCCAAUGAGGAAGAGGAGGAGGGAGACAAAGAAAUCCCAGAAGGAUCUCUGUUUGAGGAGGUGGAGAAAGAUGAAGGCUCAGAGGACAAGAAGGAGGACGCAGAGAUGACUGAAGCUCAGGAGGCUCUUGAUCAGGUUGAACAGGCAGAAAAAGAAGUGUGUUCACUUUCAGGUUGGCACAGUGAUUCAUCCAGCGUCAAUGUGGAACCUCCGACGCCCGGCCGCAGUGUCAGCUCCGACCUGCUCGACAGGCGGGAAAGCCAAGAAAUCUCCAGUGAGUCCAUCACUUCCUCGUCUAGAGGCGAAUCAGGGAAGUCCCGACGGAACGGCAACAACUCAAGGCACUCACCUCAGGACCGCUCCUCGGAAUCAUCGAAUGGCCGAAAAGAAGAGGGAGCGUUAGUGUCGGAGAAAAAAGUCCAGCAGGUUAGUGUAGACUCCGGUUCAGAGGAAGAACAGACUGUAACCACCAGAAUCUUCAGACGCCGCCUCAUUUUAAAGGGAGAAGCAGCAAAGAAUGUCCCAGGCGAGUCUGUGACCGAGGAACACUAUAUGGACCAAGAUGGUAACCUCAUCAGUAGAAAAGUCAUCAGGAAGGUUAUCCGACGUGUGACAUCCCCCACCCCAGAAAACCAAGGAGAUGACGGGUGGCUCCAAGACCUCCUGCACAGCCCCACUCUGCAGGAAGAGGGGUCCGAGCAAGGAGAAGGGUCACGGAACAGCAGACGAAAAGAUGACAGAAGAUCGGGGGACAAAAAGCUCCACUCAUAGAGAGGCUUGUGCUCUACCAGGUGUGCAGGAACUAAGUUAGGUGUUUCCUGGAAAUACGUUUUCCGAGGGCUCGAGGCUCCGGUGUGAGGACUUCAGGGUCCAGUCUGCAACUUUCUGCUUCAAACAAACGGUUUUCACGCAAGAGGAGUCGACCCUUCUGACUUAGCAUUAGCAUGACAAACUCACUACCUGUCAACGAAAGCACCGGGAGGUUCUCACUCUUAGCUGUGGUGGACCCGUGGACAAUGAUUCUGCUUCCUGUUUUGUGUGAAACAAUAUGUGCCAUUGGUCCACUGUUGUUGUGCGAGCUUUUUUAGAGGAGCAUCGUUUGUUGUGAAAACGAUAAAAGACUCCCAUUACUGACAACCACACAGGUGACACUGUGACCAAAGAUGGCACAAGAGCUCAGUCCACACGGUGGGUGGAAAGAAUGAAGUAGACACAAUAACACACAAAAAAAAUCCAAUGGGACAAUUCUGAUCCAACUUCAACACUCGCCUUAUAGUUUUUUCUUGAACCCAUUGUUGUCAGGAUGUAAAUUGUUUGGGGAUUUUUUUUCUUCCUUUUUAAAACUUAAACUAACACAAGAGCUUUUUUCUGUAUAUAAAAUUACAAUGUGUAAAAUUCUUUAAAAAAGGGUAAGCUACUGGUUGAGGACACACGGAGGAGAGUAACCUUUUCAAGUGCUUUCAAACUUUAUUGAAACAGUUCCACUUUUAAAGAUUUGAGUGUAACUUCACAGGUUCUUGUAUAAUUACUUAUUAGAGCAGGUAUAAUGUUUGUACAUGAAAAAAAACUGGUUUGAUUUUAACUGAGGACAUUUCCAGAAAAUCGAAUUUCAGUAAUUCCCAAAGUGGGAAUGGAUCUAAUCCAACAAAAAGCCUUUCAGAGUACUCAUAUUUUCAUGCAUGCUGUUCACAUUAUUUUAAGUACAAUUUUUACAAGUUUGCAAACACUGUAUUCAAAUUACAAAUAAAACCCUUUAUCUGUGUUCACAUAUAGCCCUAACAUGUCACCAAUUUUAUAUUUUAAAUUGAAAAAGGAUACCAUUUAAACAUUUAUCACGUCGGGAUGAGGAUGAAAAAAGUUCUAUAGCUUAUUGAGGGUGUGAUGUCUUGUCUGUCUAUGUGAAACGGAGGGCAGCUUCUGCUACGAGAACGAAAUAAUCUGAAUGUAAAUGCUGGUAGGCUGGCUCGCUGUAAAAUUAUAACUGUAUUGUGCGUAAUGGCUAUAAGGUGUAGGAGUCUCUGUACACUGUUAGACUGUUUGUAAUCAUUUUAGCAGUGUGUCAAUUUGGUUUUCUUAUGACUGCUGUGGUAUUAAAGGAAAACUGGGGCAUUUCAUUUUUGGAUUUCUUUUGUUGAAGUAUUUCCUUAUUUAAAACCUACUCACAUUAAGGUCACAUAAAGACAUUAUUUGAUUGUAGCUCUUAAUAGCAUAUUGUAUGACAAAAACACUGGAUGGUCAAAAACAGUUAUUUAAGCAUUAAAUAAAUUGUGUUAAACUCUGAAACUGUGUGAUCUUUUUAGGCUUGAGAGUCUGUAUAUGCAGUGUCGAAUAGAAAUGUUUUCACUAGCUCAUCAGAUUUUAUUUUACUUUACAUAAGGAAUUACCUUUGUAUUGGUUUUCAUUAGAUGCCCAUGUAGUUCAAGUGUGGUGUUCUACUGGUGCGGUGGCUCAGUAUGCCGAUGUCUAUGCUGUGGACAAGGAAACUAUGUAACUUUUUUCUGGGAGGGGCGGGGGUUGUAAAGGAAGUCAGUUAAAGCGCUGAACCACAUCCCCUUAUACUAUGUCAAUCAGGGGGUAGAGGAUCCUUUGAUAUGGCUGAACUGUCAAUUUUGUUUGAUAUGUGUUUUCACCUGAGCAGAUUUUUUGAUGUACAAUUCUUACUAACAGAGUGAAGCCAUUGAAAUGUAACUAUUCUAGCACUUUGGUUAUUCAAGGUCUUUUAGAGACUAUAGCAGCAAUGAUGCCACCACAAAUGUUUCAGACGUCUUUAAAAAAAUCAACCUAAAAAAUUCAAAAAAAAUAAAAAUGCAUUGAUUUCGCAAUACAAUU